GCCAGCAGAUGCACCGGUGAUCAUGCGAGUAUAUGGCAGAAGGGUGGGGGCGGUGCAGUGGGGGUGCUCACAUACUCUAGCGCCCACUUGUUCUUCCAGAGCGGGAUCGGCUUGUCAUUCGAGAACACGUUCCCGUUGUGGUAACAUCGGCCACCUUUCUCUCUAUUCCUCUAAAAAGAUCCCAUCUUUUAACUGAAAAGAGAAUACACGAGUGUAUACAAGUUUUCGCAUAAGUAUACAAAGAUAUAUAGUGAUAAUCGCGUUUCGAGUAAUACCAAUUUAUAUGCAAAUAAUAUGAACAAAAACCCCGGCAGUAGUAUAAUCAAUUUUUAGUGAAACAUUUAAAGAUUAGUCCGUCAUCGUGAAAGAUAAAUUAAAGAAUUAAGAAACAAAUAAAUUGUGUCUUUAUGAAUUGAUCAUGAGAACGUUUUGAAAAGACACAGACGACAAAAAUCAAGGAAGAAAAUUGAAAUAUUGUUUAAUUGAACAUUUGUUUGAGAAAUUGAAGAAAAUAAGAAAAAUGACGACGGAAUCGUUGCCUCGUGAAGUGGACGCUCACAUCGUUAACAUUUUAACGAGACUUUCGAAUAUUAGAGAUAAUAAUGUCGAUGCAUACAAAAGGAUACCAAUGUCGACCGAGGCGCGAAGUUUGGAACUUUGGAAGGCGGUUUUAGUAGAGUGCGUGGCUACUUUUUUGUUCGUAUUUGCUGUAUCCGGUGCAGCUUCAUCUACUGCGGUAUCCGGAAGCGGCCUAUCCAUCCUUGCGACUGCAAUUGCUUCCGGUUUCGUUGUUUCGGCAAUCUAUUUCAUCUUCGGCCAUGUUAGCGGAUCACACAUAAAUCCAGCUGUAUCGUUAUCAUUUUUCUUUCUUCGACGUAUCUCACCGUUACGUGCAGCACUUUACAUAGCAGCUCAAUGUGGCGGAGGUAUAGCAGGAGCUGCAACGCUCUAUACAAUUACGACGCCUUCGAAUACACAAACGUUAACAUCGUCUGGACGUAUCAACGGUGCUAUUGAAAAACUUUCAGUAGAAAUGGCACUUUCGGUUCUUAUCAUUCUGGCCCAUUUUUCUGCAGAAACGGCAAGAACUUUAUCCUUUGGAAUCUCCUCGAUGUCAACGGGUGUUUUGGGUGCCGCAUAUACAGCUGCAUCUCUUGUUUCGAGUCCUUUUGUGAAUCCAGCCCGUGCUUUGGGACCUGCUUUUGUAAUGAAUCGUUGGGAGUAUCACUGGGUUUAUUGGAUUGGUCCGAUGUUGGGUAGUGUCUUAGCAACUUUGUUUUACGAAUUCGUUCUUAGUACCAAAAGAUCGAAAGAGUCUCGUGAAAUAGAUGACGGUGAUAAUUCUUCGAUGAGAUCGGACGAAGAUCCUUACGAUGAUUUAGACAAACCAAGUGGACCAAAGUUUCCAGGAGCUUAUGCUACUUAUCGUCCAGUUGCUGGUGCAUCAUCAUCGAUCUAUAGUGCACCACCUUCAGCAUUGGAACGCGUCGAAUCGAUCUACGGUGGCACCAAGUCACUCUAUUGCAAAUCCCCACCUUUGACAAGAGCGAAUCUGAAUCGUUCACAAAGCGUUUACGCUAAAUCAACUUCCGGUCCACGAGAUGGUUUGAUGAUACCCAAGCCAGGUCCACUUGUACCAGCUCAAAGUCUUUAUCCAAUGAGAAUAGGACAAUCUUCGUCUCAAAAUCCACCGAGAGAUAAUCAACAACCAGCAGCCGGUCCUAAUCAAUCAUCCCAAAAUCAUAACAGUACCAAUCAAAACAUGCAGAAUCAAUUGCAACAAUGUACGCAGAGUAUCUAUGGCAUAAGAGGAAUAUCGACGAGUCUGAGUACGCGGGAGAAUGGAAUUUAUGGUAUGUCUACAGGAUCUAGUAUAUAUGCUAGAACUCCUGCACCACCACCGAGUAGCCAAAGCUCUCAUCAAUCUGGACAGAGUGGUCAAUCCUCUACUCAAGGCCAUCAACAACAGCAACAACAACAGCAGCAACAACAGCAACAGCAACAACAACAACAACAAUCCCAGCAACCGCAACAACAUCCUAAUGGCACACUUUCAACCAAUUCUGAUAAUGCAACUAAUUCUAGGAGACCAGAAAGUAUGUACGGUCAUGUAUCAAGACGCAGCGAUGACUCGGCUUAUGGUAGUUAUCAAGGUUCGACCAGGGGAAAUUAUGGUAAAGUUCCUGGCCCAUCUGGACCAUCUAGUGGACCACCUGGACCACCUCAGUAUCGCGAUGGAGGUAGACCCAGUCCUGCAGGACCUCUUCAGCAAAGUCAGAAUCAACAAUCUAAUUUCCAAAGGAAUUCGCCUAAUCCUCUUUAUUGAUCUUCCAUAACCGCUAGCAUUUCUGUACCGGAUCGAGCCUAUUGGAAUUUACGAGCUGAACGUGCUAUUUUAUAGCAUAAACGUAUUCGCUCACUUACGAAUAUAAAAAAUAGGUCCGUACGGUUUAUGCGAUAGCGUUACUGAUCGUCGAUCAUUCAAAAAUAUUCUUUACAAUUUGUUUGUUAAAAUUAAUAAUCGAUCUAUUGAUUACGAAUAAUCAUAGAAUCGUACUGUGUUCUAAUUAGAAAUUUGUGUAUAUAAAAUGUGAUUGUAUUCGAUUUUCUAUUCCGUGUUUUCUGUACAAUUGUUCUGCUUUUCCAGAAUAUUAUAAUCAACAUUUUACUGAUAUAAAUUUACGGGGUAAUAAUUUUUUAUUAAGAUCUUUGAUGAAAAAUUCAAGAAACAUAUUUUG